GAUAAACAAUAAAAGUAAAAACGUAAUAAUGUGAUUUUUUUAAAUUUCUUACCUAUUUUCUAUUUUUCUACCAUCUAUCUAUAUACCUUCAAAGUCUAGUACUUUAGUACUUCGUACGUUUGACAUUAUGAUUCAACACAACAAUCGGCUCUCGGGGUACAUUCACCCUUUCGUGUAUGUGAUGUGCCACACAAACGACAUACCUACCCAUUGUAUAGAAUCUGAAGAGAAUACCUGCAUGUUGAGUAUUUAUUGGUUUUAAAUUCUUCGUAAUGCAUUUUGCWAUAUUUAAGUUUGCCAAUAAAUGAUGAGCGUACAACAGUUGUGAUUUAUUUAGUCCCCAAUAGUGAGUUAACACGAUGUCAAGUUACGUAGCAUUUAAAAAGUAUUUCAUAUUAGUUGGAUAGGAUAUUUGAUAUUGGUUGCUCAUGUCUGUAAUCCAUUUUAUAAGAUAAAGCAAUUGUAAAGAACAUCCAGCAAACAUUUAAACAUGGAUGAUCAACUAGAUAUUAUGUUGAAAAAUACCAAUUCAGAAUUUAUUACCUUAUCGUAUGCUGAUCAUUCACUGAUCUCUCAUCCUGAACAAUUAUCUGACGAAUGUGCAGACAUGAUUUUAGACCAGGAUAAUUGUCACGAUAUGAGUGCCAUGGCUCCAUUAAAUGAUUUGUUGUUGGAGCAAACAUUCCUUAUAGAGACUAAUGAACAACCAUUAUUUGUAAAUGGUGAACAGCUAAUUACGUUUGAAAAUGUCGAUUCUAACGGACAAAUAAGUGAUAUCCAGACUAUUUCAAAUAAUAUUGAAUCUGAUAAAUCUACAAUUGAAAAUAUUAAUUUUACUAYGAACUCUGAUGAUCACUUCCAAAACAUUUAUACAGAUUUYAAUAAAUCUGAAUUGGAUACAACGAAAACCACUAAUGAAAGUAAUAAUUUGACAGAACAUUUACAAGUUAAGAUCAACACUGAUAUUACUAGUGGAAACUACAGUUAUUCAACUGCUAUUAAAAUUUUAGAUGAUGUUGCUAAGAGUCCUGUUGAUACUAAUGGUCAUUUUGUUUGUGAUUUAUGUUUACACGAAUUUUAUAACUGGAAAUAUUAUAAGAAACAUAAAUUAGAACAUUUGAAUGAUAAGCCAUUUAAAUGUUUGAAAUGUUUAAAAUCAUUUAAUUACAAUAAUAAUUAUUUACUUCACAUUGCUUCUCAUUCAACAAGUAAUUUGAAAUGUCCAAAAUGUAAAAAAGAAUUUGGAAUAGAAUCUGUAACAACUGCUACUAAAAAUGAAUCAAUAUCAUUAAGCGUUGCAGAAAAAACCACUAAAAAGUUUCCUUCAAGAAAAAAAAAAUGUGAUAGCUAUAUUGUUUUAAAGAAGAAACAAGAUCAACCAUCAAUCAAACAUGCUGUUGUCCAAAACCARGAAAAGGAACUAGUAACAACUGUUACUGAAAAUGAAUCAAUGUCUCUAAAUGUUUUAAAAGAAACCGCUAAAAAGAUUGUAUCAAAAAAACAAAACAUGUGUUCAUUAAAUUUGAAAAAGAGGAAUAGUAUCACUUAUGAAGUUAACAGAAAUAUAAAACAAGCAAGUAGUAAAACUGAGCCAAAAGUUGUUUAUGUACCAAAUAUAGCUAUCAAUUCAGAAGAAAGAACCAUUAGUAUUACGCAAAAACCAUUUCCAAAAGUUUGUCAGUUCUGUGAGAAAAUAUUUAAAAAGAAUGCUGAUCUCGAAAGACAUGAAAGAACUCACACUGGUGACAAACCAUAUAAAUGCGAUGAACAGGAUUGUAACAAAGCAUUUGCCACUAAGAGUUCACUUGAAUAUCAUAAAAUCACUCAUUCAGGUCAGAUGAAACGAGCCGAGUGCCCCCAGUGUUAUGGACUAUUUGCUACAACAUCAACUUUAAAAGUUCACAUGCGWCAACACACAGGUGAAAAACCAUUUAAAUGUCCUGUAUGCGGAGAUGCAUUUCGAACAACUGGACACUUACAAACACAUGUGAUAAUACAUGAGCGAAAAAAACGCAAAUAAAAAUUUAAGAUUUUUAUCAAAGUAAAGUUUUGCUURUGACACAUUUUAAAGUAAUUAUUAAACUAAUAAAAAUAUAUCCAAAGCUGAUGAUCUCAAAAGCCUGCUAAGAGUAUUCUAUCCCUCCAAUAUGAGAAUUAAUUUUUAAUGGCUUU